CCUUUCCCCCCCUGUAUAUGACACCCUGCACUAUAUAAACCUGUGGUGUGCAAUUAAUGACAAAAUUAGCCAGGAUAGGCCGUACCAAAAUUUGACCCAAAAUGCUUAUAAUUAUUGUAGAAAGUGAUCCUCAGAAAGUGAGUGACCCACAGAAAAAAUGACUCUCAUGCAGAAAUUGAUGCCCGCAAAAUAACAGUCCUAUAUUUCUUACAGUCUAGUAGCCUCGAGGCAUAAUUUGGUAAGUGUCAUUGUGACCUAGCAUAAGAUCAUGUUACAUAUAGUGCUGUACAUAAUUCUGAUAUUCAUUAUAUCAUUUUGACUAUAUUCCUGUGUGACAGUGACAUACCUCCUCUGAGCUAUAGGUAAAUUCAUGCCGACUUUGAUUACAAAGUCAUGAAUCUAUAUAGUAAUAAGUCCCACUGCAUUUGUAGACUCACAAGCUGUUACUAUUGCACCUGGUCAAACUCUGUGUAGGGACUCGUGUUGCACAGUCAGCAUAUCAUCUAAGUGGCUGUGGUUUUCGUGACAUCAGCACGUGAUACUUAGAUUUACUAUAUAGGGUAUUCUAGUGCUAUACAUCACUAUGAUCUAACCGCAUGCGGUCUAGCCACUUGAGUUGCCACAAAUAUCGUGGCAAACGUUGCACGAGUCUCUACAUAUAGAGUUUGACCAGUCUACUGUUGGCCGUGUAACUUGCGAGUCUACUGCAUUUAUAUACCUCUCUGAGAGGUAUAUAAAUGCAGUAGGUCUCUAGUCUCCACGAAGUGUGGCGCUCUAAAUCCAACUUUUUCCACCUCAGCGCUCCGUCUAAAAUGCAGCGUUUUUUUCUCAUAAUGUCCCAAUCAUAACGUGCAUGUAUAGUCCAGUCAUAAAAUGAGGUAUGUGCAUGCUCAACAUUGCGUAAUCACGUAUAUAGAUCUCAAAGUGGUACGUCUCUUUUCUCGGUGGGUUGUAGGGCGAAGCGAUAAGUGGACAGUAGCCAUGCAAGUAGCAAUUCUUGCAAUAACUGCAUGUCUGCAAGAAAUACUGCAUGGGCUACGUGCAUGCAUGUAGUGUUGCGAAUUAUAGUUUUUACAUAGCUAGCUAGCUAGGCUGAAGCCUUCAACAUUCGUUUGCUCUCGUGUGGGGCAAAUGUCCACUCUGAUAGCUAUGGCUACAGUGAAGCUCAUAACACUGAGCUCUCUUUAGUUCGUGGUGUUCACUUGGAACUAUAAGCUAAUCUGUGUUGCUAUUUGCAUUGAGUAUGAAUGUAGCUCAGCUAUUAGACUGUCUGUGUUUAGCUCAGCGACAUAGGCCACUCCAGUUAAGUAUACAAAUCACGUAAAUAAAACGGCUACACUUAUUCUAGUAUCUAUAUGCUUAUUCAUUCCUGCCUCAAAGUCUGCAUGCAUGGCAAGCGGCUCACCCUAAAGCGUGAAAUUUUGCAAGACAGGAAUAAGAAUGGUUGAAGGGUUAAGCAAAAGCUAUAGGAUAGUUCAUCAUUGAGCACACUAAACCUUCAUCAUUGAACCCUCACUAAUCAUUAGGAUGACAUUUAUUUCUUGUAUUUGCUUGUUACAAUGUAUAAUUAUAGGUAAUGAUUAUUGCAUAACAGCAGCUGGAAACAUUCCGUCAAAACCCAGAUACAACCAGACACAACAUACCCACAACCCACACAAGGAAGUGUACUGCAAUUUUUAACUUCCUGUUGCCCUAAAUAUUAGUAUAUAAGCACAUAUAUAACCUGGUAUGUCAGUUACAUCUAUCUGCAUAGUUGGUUCUGUAAAAGCAGCAAUGCAGGCACAUGCAGUGACAGUGUUAGUAGUUUUGGUAGCAUUGUCCGCUAUUCCAAUAGAACCAGCAAUGCUCACUCUGACCACCAACUCAACUGAAAACUGUGGCAAAGGACUCACUCAUAAUGGAGUGUUUGUGCUGGUGGAGUAUCGUUUGAUAGAGACACAAUCUAGCCCAUGGACGCUCCUUCAGAGCAUUAGCUUGAAUGCUACAGUUGGAUUUACGAAAUCCCAGACAGACAUUUUUGUACCUCUGUCAAAUGACACUGUACAGCUGCGGAUCGUUCAGCCAGAACAUGGUGGUGGUUCCUGUAACUGCUGGGAAGUGGACGAACUGAGUUUUACAUCAACUAAUGGAAGCAGUCUUAAUAUUUCUUACCAUGACUGUUGUGCAUCUAGUAGUCCGCUGAUGUGUGGAAGUGAUGUCGAGAGUGACUACCCUUUACUGUUCUGUGGUGGCAGUGCCAGUGUACCGAGAGGAGUUGUUUUUCCUCCGGUGGGCCUGAGUGGCUCAGGAAUACUAUCGGAUUGUCCAUUGAAUUCUGUCAUUGUUGAUGACAAAGGACAUCCUCCAACUAACUGCUCAAAUGAAGAGCCAACAAUAGAUAUAUCGUUUGAGUUGAAUGUCAAGGUGCUUGAUUGUUCUCCCAGAGGCUUUGAUGAAGGUGUUGAGAUUUCAGUUGGCGGCUGGGAGAAUAAUGGCCAAUGGAUACCAUUAAUGUACGCUGCAAACACUAUUGAGAGAAUACAAGAUCGACACAACAUCAAUAUUGGUGCCAUAAAUGGGAGUACAGUCAAAAUCAGAGGCUACAAUGUUCCCUACCGCAUACAAAGUGAACCAGAGGAUAAUUUUUUUUUCAAUUUAACAGUUUGUGGUGCAGCUGUGCUGAGGAAUGGUGCUCGAAUAAGGUGGCUUCAAACUGGUGCAUUAUAUCGCAGUGAGGAAAGCUAUUUGAGGGAUGUUGUGACACUGAACAAUGUAUUUCAGAAUAGUAUUCUGCUAAAUAGCACCGAUUUUACUCUGCGCAAUAGUGAAGUCCCAACAUUGUCGACUAUUGAUUGUAUUCGCCCAUUUAACGUUAUCAUUCCCAUUUCAACUAAUGGAGCAAUAAUUUUUGGAGCAUUGUGUGAAACAGAAGAUUGUAAAAUUAGGAACAGAGUAAUAACAGCAAGUAGAAUUGCAACCACCAUCCCACUGAACAUCAGCGAAUAUAAUUCGAAAACUCCUACUUUCACUGAACAGACUAUCAUGGUUAACACUGAACAGGCUACCACUGAACUCAGUACCAUGGUUAACACGGAACAGACUACCUCUGAUCAAGCUACGACUGAGCAGGAUACCACUGAACAAGCUAUCACUGAUGAGCAGGUUACCACUGGACAGGUUACCACGGAGCAGAUUACCACUGAGCCGGUUACCAUGGCUACCACUGAGCAGGCUACCACUGAACAGGCUACAACUAAAAAGGCUACCACUGAGCAGGUUACCAUGGCUACCACUGAAAAGGCUACUACAGCUGAACAGACUACCACUGAAAAGGCUACCACUGAACAGCCGGCUACCACGGUGCAGGCUACAACUGAACAGGCUACCACUGAGCAGGUUACCACUGGACAGGCUACCAUGAAGCAGGCUACCCCUGAGCAGGUUACCGUGGCUACCACUGAAAAGGCUACCACUAAACAGGUUACCAUGGCUACUACUGAACAGGCUACCACGGUGCACUUUACCACUGAACAGGCUACAACUGGACAGGCUACCACUAUGGCUAACACUGAACAGGCUACCACUGAACAGCCUACUGAACAGGCUACCACGUUGCACCUUACCACUGAGCAGGCUACAACUGGACAGGCUACAACUGAACAGGCUACCACUGAACUGGCUACCACUGAAAAGGCUACCACUGAACAGGUUACCACUGAACAGGAUACCACUGAGCAGGUUACCAUGGCUACCACUGAACAGACUACCACCGAGCAGGUUACCAUGGCUACCACUACUGAGCAGGCUACCACCGAACAGGCUACAACUAAACAGGCUUCCACUGCAACUGAACUGGCUACCACUGAGCAUGCUACCACUGAAUUGGCUACUACUGAACAAGCUACUACUGAACAAGCUACCACUGAACAAGCUACCACUGAACAGGCUACAACUGAACAGGCUACCACGGAGCAGGCUACCACUGAAAAAGCUACAACUGAACAGGCUACAACUAAACAGGCUACCACUGAACAGGCUACCACUGAACAAGCUACCACUGAGCAGGCUACAACUGAACAGGCUGCAACUGAACUGGCUACCACGGUGCAGGCUACCACGGAGCAGGCUUCCACUGAACAGGCUACAACUGAACAGGCUACAACUGAGCAGACCACUGAGCAAGCUACCGCUACCACUGAACUGGCUACCACUGAACAGGCUACCACUGAACAAGCUACCACUGAACAGGCUACAACUGAACUGGCUACCACGGUGCAGGCUACCACUGAAAAGGCUACCACUGAGCAGGCUACAACUGAAAAGGCUACAACUGAACUGGCUACCACUGAAUUAGCUACUACUGAACAAGCUACCACUGAUGAACAGGUUACCACUGAACAAGCUACCACUAAACAGGCUACAACUGAACAGGCUACCACAGUGCAGGCUACCACGGAGCAGGCUACCACUGAAAAAGCUACAACUGAACAGGCUACCACUGAACUGGCUACCACUGAACAGGCUACCACUGAGCAGGCUACAACUGAACAGGCUGCAACUGAACAGGCUACAACUGAGCAGACCACUGAGCAGACCACUGAGCAAGCUACCGCUACCACUGAACUGGCUACCACGGAACAGGCAACCACUGAACAAGCUACCACUGAACAGGCUACAACUGAACUGGCUACCACGGUGCAGGCUACCACUAAAAAUGCUACCACUGAGCAGGCUACCACUGAAAAGGCUACAACUGAACUGGCUACCGCUGAAUUAGCUACUACUGAACAAGCUACCACUGAACAGGCUACAACUGAACAUGCUACCACAGUGCAGGCUACCACGGAGCAGGCUACCACUGAACAGGCUACAACUGAACAGGCUGCAACUGAACAAGCUACAACUGAGCAGGCUACCACUGAACAGGCUACAACUGAACAGGCUACCACGGAGCAGGCUACCACUGAACAGACUACCACCGAGCAGGUUACCACUGAACAGGCUACCACUGAACAGACUACCACCGAGCAGGUUACCACUGAACAGGCUACCACUGAACAGGCUACCACGAAGCAGGCUACCACUGAACAGGCUACAACUGAGCAGACUACAACUGAGCAAACUACUGAGAAUGUUGUGGAGAUGUACGAAGCAAUAGCUAUGGUAAAUCUAACAAGCGUUUUCUCAAAUCUAUCGAAAUUGGUGAACAACAGUAAGGAGUUAAUGGCGAUUGACACACAGCCUCCUGCUCAAGCUGCUUUGUCUCUAAAGCUGGUGAUAAAAAAUACUCAAGUUGUUGAGACGGCUAUUGCAUAUCUUCUGAGCAGGAUAGUAAUCAGAGCUAUGGAUGUUGACAGUCCUCAACAGUUUGCCAUGGUUGUGUUGGAUGUUGGCGACACGCUGAUUGAUAGAACACUCAUCAAUGAACAGUCCAACACUGUCGCUGGCAGUACUCUGUUAGCUACUGUCGAGAGUCUGGCCCUCAACGUACUAUCUCCAGACAGCAACAUCAUUACACAAAACAUAGAAUUAUUCGUGUUUGAGACACGAGUGGACAAUAGAGAUACAUACUUCACUAGUAUUGAUGCGCAUAACAUCUCUAUUCAAGUGCCCACUGAGUUAGUGAGGAUAGUGGGUAACGGAACAACUGGGCCAGUCACUGUGGCCUCAGUCUACUACAGAAACAUGAGUGGGCUGUUGCCCGAAACUCUGCCGGGAGUGAGUGACACUGUGCUAGCGUCUCCAGUGGUCUCCACCAGUCUGCAGUGUGGGGACAAGAUCUGUGACACAGCCAACAUUCAACUCAGUCAGCCAGUCAUUGUGACACUGAAACACAGCAAAUAUGCACAAGCUCAAAUCGAAAAUAUUGAUACCAGCAAUGCUACUUGUGUAUUCUGGAAAUUUAUAUCUUACAGUGGUAGUCCCCUGGCUCAUGGACGAUGGGACACUGAACGUUGUGUGAGAAAUUACAGUCUCUCCAACUCUACGCAUACUGUAUGUGAGUGCACACACCUCACCAACUUUGCCAUUCUCCUCAGUGCACAGCCACUCAACCUACCCUCUGGUGUGGCCCUGUCUCUUUCAAUCAUUGGCUACAUUGGAGUGACUAUCUCUGUGAUAGCCAUGCUAGCUACCAUUUUGGCCCUAGCCUGUUUGAGGUCUCUUUGGAGCAUGCGUAACUUCAUCCACAUCAACCUGUGUGUGAGUCUGAUUCUGGCACAGCUGACGUUUGUGAGUGGAGUAACCCCUCACGGAGGAGGGGGUGUGGUGGAUCCUGGUUGUAGGACUGCAGCAGUUCUCAUGCACUACUUGUUCCUGGUGUCCUUCAUGUGGAUGCUUAUGGAGGGGGUGGUAUUAUAUGUGGCCCUCGUCAAAAUCUUUGUCAAACACCAAAAAAGAUACAAUAUUGGCUUCUUUCUAUUCAGCUAUGGUGCUCCUCUGCUAUACAUGGUUCUCUGUGUUCCCCUGGGCUUUGCAGUUCCUCACCUGGAGGACAGUUAUGGCUACAUACAAGAUGCCAAUGAGACCACUGCUAUUCCUAAUGUAGUGUGCUGGUUGAAUCCCUACUCUAACUUUAUUCUGGUGUUUAUCGUACCAGUGUUGUUGACCACUUCCGUGAAUGUUGGCUUUUUUAUCAUGGCAAUUAUUGUCAUGUCCAAACAUGCAAAAAGACAGACACACAAGAAUAGACGGGAUAAAGCAAAGUAUUGGUUAAAGUCGUCUGUGUCACUGGUCACUGUCAUGGGACUGACAUGGAUAAUUGGUGUUCUGGUGUUCGAGGUCCCAGAGCUGCUCCCUCUAGCUUACAUCUUCACAUGUUUUGUUGCAUUUCAAGGACUGGCCAUUUUCAUAAUAUUUGUCCCCCUUUCCAAGCAAGUGAGGGAGGCAUACUCUAAAUGGUGGAAGGUCAAGGUGGCAGAGUCGGACAUUCUCAGCAAACACUUUGGAGAGUUUUCGUCUACAAAAAGAACCUCUUUGACUGGUACUAGAAGCACACGCCUUAUUUCAUCAUCAUCUUCGAGUCGCUCAAAUAGUUAUAAUGUCGAAGCUGCUAGUCCGACCUCUCCAGGCCUUCAUUCAAAGGGUGUGAACCUCUACUCGGUUAUAUCGCAUGGACCCAGGGUGACAUUGGAAUCAAGCAUUGAAAAGGUGGAUUUGGACAUCGUACACGAAGAACGAAGUUCAGAAAAGAAAAAUGAAAGGAACUUGAGAUCUAUGCGUGAGUACAAAUCAUGUUUUGACAUCACUUUUGUCUGCAAGAAUGUCGGCAAACAAGAUCAAAGAAAUGUUCCAAGUACGUCCGAAUUUGAUUGCAGUAUCGCUAAUGGGACCACAGUAUUCAAUAACAUGUCUGCUGUUGAGAAUGGAAUGGAACAUCCAGACACAUAGCUAUAGACCCACUCCCCUUGCAUGCAUCCUUAAGUCCUUAUAGUGUAUACUUACCCAACUCUCAUAAAUAAUUAUUAGUUCAUCUUAUAUGAUCAGAGGAAUAGAGAUAUAUUUCAGCUGUCCACCUAUGUAUAAACCAAAAUGAAUGUGCAAGUAGGAGACUUUCGUAGCUACUACUGCCUCCUAGGGUUCUGUUGCAUGUAUACCAUUUUAUUAUCUUUAUCUGUGCUGAUAUAAAUUUUUUAUUGCAAGCUUUGAACUCCUAUAAGAGGGCGGUUCGUAAUCAAGUGGUUGGCAACUUUUGUGCCACGCACAUUGCAAUACCGUAUAGCACGAAAUUUUCGCGGAUUUCGUGGGUCCUACACGAAAAUUAAGUCCACGAAAAUUGUUCUUUAACUAGAAUUAUCUGCUAUAACGUGCAAAGAUUUAAAAACCUGGCUUCUGGUAAGCAGUGUUUCCGCGAAUAUUGUGCAACGAAAUGCUUUUAGAGGCCAUUCCACGAAAUAUAAGUGCCUCGAAAAUUUCGUGCUAUACGGUAGUGUUAAGAAACGCAAUCAGGCUUGUCAUGACUACGCAUGGGUAGUUUGUUUGUUAGUCUCACAUUCUCUCUGUUUUCUCUGUAUUUGGAACCAGACCUCUCCUUUCUGUCUAUAUGGUGCCGCUGUCUAUAUGGUGCCAUGAACCAGACCUCUCCCUCUUAUCCCUAUACGAUGUUAAUUGUACACUGUACGUAAAAGUGGAUAGCCCUAUAUAUGCUCUAAUGUGUGUGCUUAGGGCCACUAGCCUGAGGCUAUGUAAUCACAGCCACAACCUUAUCUCACAAAGGAUGGGAAUGUUGGUGGAAGAACAAAGAAAGAAAGAAAGAAGGAAGCCAAAAAAAGGGGGAGAGUCUGCCUUGCUAAGUCGCCUGACGUAGACAACAUUAUUUUAAUGAGUGUGGGUUGAGAGUACACCGCAUGCAAUAACUCUCCUCGAUCCCACCACCAAGGCCAGUACUUACUUAGAACGCAUUUAUCAGGAACAUAUCUGUACAGUUAGCAGUGUACUACAGUACCGGUACAGUAGAAUCUAAGACUUUGUGAGACAGAAGUAUAAUUAUAGACUACUACUGUUUAGAUCUAGAUUUAGUCUUUACUUAGCCCUUGUCUACGAUGUCUCCACACUUGACUCCUGGCGUACAAUGCAAUAAUUGCUUUUGGAAUCUGCUCAUGAGCUCCAUAUUUUUUAAGACAUGUUACUGUAACUGGGCACUGCUGUGCUAUAUUAAAGAUUUAAACAUACCGCUAUGUUUAUUCUGAUGUAGUCAUGAGAGUAUAGAUUGCAUUCUUGCUGAUUUGUCUCUAUAGCUACUUUAUGUUUACUUUGUUCUGCUUAUGGUUUACCGUAUAGCCGGUAAUUUUUUUGGGGGGGGGGGGCAAAACAUUCGUGGUUGAGCAAUAUUUAGUCACUUUGUGGGAUAAUAUUUUCGUGGUUGCUGCUUGCACUGCAGGUAAAGGUAGGCAAGGUUGCUUCGUUCAUGGGUAAAAUAUUCGAGGUCUGAGCUCCAACCACGAAAACCACAAACAUUUUGUCCCCCGGAAAUUACCAGCUAUAUACGGGGGUAUACCAGUUUAUAUGACCAUGUUAUUUUGCUGUGCAAUUAUUAUAAGUUAAGUUAAUGAUCUUUACAAGCAAACUGACACAAGUACAUGGAUAAUUGGUGAGGACAAUAGAAAUUACAUAUAGUCUAUAGUAUAUGGCUAUAAUCAUGCACACAAACAUCUAACGCAGGUGUUCUGGUGUUCGAAGUCCCUGAACUGCUCCAACUGGCGUACAUAUUCA